AUGGCAAAACUCUAUGCAAUCCUGGAGGCUGUUGCCGAUAGGGUGGAGAUGUACAAGAAUAUUGGAGAGCAAAGAAAUAAUUGGAACAGCCUGCUUUUGACAUCGAUUAAUGCGCUCACACUCUUGACGGCUGCAAUGGCAGGAAUUGCGGCUACAAGUGUAAUUGGUGCUGCUGCUCCGGUGGCGGUGUUAAAGCUUUCGUCCACCAUCAUGUAUCUUUCAGCAAUUGGGAUGCUGUCCAUAAUGAACAAGAUUCAACCAUCUCAGCUUGCUGAGGAGCAAAGAAAUGCAACUAAGUUGCUCAAGCAGCUUCACAAUCAGAUUCAGACGAUAAUAGCGAUGGGUAAUCCUACAACUAGUGAUGUAAAGGAAAUGAUGGAAAAAGUGUUGGCUCUUGACAAGGCCUACCCGCUUCCUCUUCUUGGUGCAAUGCUCGAGAAAUUCCCGGAGAAUGUAGAGCCCGCAGUGUGGUGGCCGGAGCAGCGUCCAAGAUAG